UACAAGGCAAUGUGGCUCAGGGAGUCCCUGCAGUGCUUACCUUGUCCUUCGCUUCCGCGAUGUGUCCCCUGCAGCGUCCCUGGCCAUCUCCUCCGGCCGAUGCCAGCAUCCGGCUUUCGUGUUCCUGUCCCUGUGACGUCGGGAAGUACGGGCGCCGGAACCGGCGGGAAAUUUGACAUUUUUAAAAAAUGUAAUUUUUUUUAAAUGAUUAUUUUGUCCCGAGUGCUUUGUCCGGCGCCCUGCCUGCAUUUUUACUGUUCUUUCUG